AUGAUAUCAGCUACCCUACGUCGAGAUACAAAUACAACUGUUGAUAAAUUGGGCUCUGGUCGUGCACAGCAGAUUCGUCGUAAUCGUGAUCGCCUUAUUAAAAUUGGUUCAACCGUACACUUAUUAGGAAAACAUGAUUCCAUUCAGGGGUCACGAAGAGCAAGCGGGUUAAACAAUCAGAAUUAUGCGUUGAUGGCUGAUGAAUGCUGCGAUAUAAGUGGCACACAGCAAUUAUCUAUUGUUACUCGAUUUUUACCUGAUCUACAGAAUCGUUCGAUUGAUACACAGUGGGCAUUUUUUGCUAGAGCAAGCGGACUUUAG